ACUUGCGAAUCCACAGUGUGGCCCUUUUUUAAAAUUUUUUUUACGAACUCUCAUUGAAAUUAGUUAGGCUAAAUACGUUAAACGAGUAGAAUAAAUAUGUCAACAUCAACAACAACCAGUGCAGAUGGGAGUGAGUGGAUGUGGGUGGAUUUGAUGAACGCUUUAUAUCAGGCUCCACUCUACCAUCUGUCGAUUGAAGCUCUUCUUGUGUUGUGGAUCGUGAGAUUAAUGUUUUUCAAAAGUUAUAAAAUUGAGGAAAAAGUUCCAUUGACAGAGAAAGAAAAGCAAGAAUUAAUUGAUCAAUGGCAACCUGAACCGCUUGUACCAAAGCUAACAGAUCCACUCAAACCAUAUAAAGUUGUCACUGGUCAACCUGGAAAACGGAUUACAGUCAAUAGCUACGAUUGUUUGAAUCUAGCAUCAAUGAAUUUUCUUGGAUUUCUCGGCAAUAAAAGGAUAGAAGAGAAAUCAACAAAUGCAAUCAAAAAAUAUGGGGUUGGAUCUUGUGGGCCAAGAGGAUUUUAUGGCACUGUUGAUGUGCAUCUCGACCUCGAAAAUAGAUUAGCAAAAUAUAUUGGUGCAGAAGAAGCUAUUAUCUAUGCUUAUGGAUUUGCAACUAUUGCGAGUGCUAUACCCGCAUACUCAAAACGAGGAGAUAUUAUAUAUGCAGAUGAAUGCGUAUGCUUUGCCAUUCAAAAAGGAAAUCAAGCUUCUCGAAGCAAGAUUGUAUAUUUUAAACACAAUGACAUGGAAGAUUUGGAAGCAAAAUUAAAAGAACAAGAACUGAAAGACAAGAAGGAACCCAAACGUGCAUCGGUCACUCGAAAAUUCAUCGUUGUGGAAGGAAUAUAUGCAAACACUGGAAACAUCUGUCCUUUGCCUAAGCUUAUUGAACUUAAGUAUCGAUAUAAAGUUCGACUUUUUAUUGAAGAAACAUUUUCAUUCGGUGUACUUGGAGAACAUGGACGUGGAGUGACAGAACAUUUUAAUAUACCGAUUGAAAAAGUAGAUCUCGUUGCUGGAAGUCUGGAAUACUCUCUUGCUUCUAUCGGAGGAUUUUGUGCUGGGCGUACUUAUGUUAUUGAUCAUCAGAGAUUAUCAGGACAAGGAUAUGUGUUUUCUGCUUCUCUUCCUCCGCUUCUUUCUUGUGCUGCUAUUGAAGCUCUCGAUAUUAUGGAAGAAGACACAAGUAGAUUCUCAAUACUGAGAAAAAAUGGAAGUUUUAUGCAACAAAUGUUAAGCAACAUUCCAAGCCUUGAAGUCGUGGGAAAUCCUGAAUCACCAGUUUUUCAUCUCCAUUGCAAGUUAUUUAAAGAUAGAAAACGUGAGGAAAAAUACAUGGAAAGUUUAGUCGAUAUGUGCAUGAAAGAAGGAGUUGCUCUCACUCUCGCUGCGAGAUUAGAACAAGAAGAACUGCUCCAAGAUCAAUCUCCCUCAAUUAGAGUGUGUGUCUCAUCGGAAAUGUCAGAAGAUGAACUUAGACAAGCAGCAAAUAUCAUUGAAAAAGCUGCAGCCAAGUUAGAAAACGAUCGGUAAAUAAAAUUGAAGAAUUUGUGCAAGAUUGGUUUGUAAUCCAAACUUUGAAUGUGUGUUGGGAGUUUUGAAUUUUAAAGUAUUUUCAUGAUCCAUGUUGUAGUCGUAGCAAGUUUAUUUAGUUAUUUUAAUGAAGGGUAUAUUGUUUGCUAUAAAGUCAUGUUUCAAUAAUUACAAUCCCUACUUGUCAGUGCUCAAAGUUAACAACAGGCUUCUUCUCUACUGAUGUGAAUAGACCAAAACCAGGUCUCAAUUCACAGUUGCGUCCAUUCUGUCUAUAUAUAAUAUUUAUAAUUUUGAAAUGUUUGUAGCUUUUCUAGUGUUAUGAUACACAUUAUUUAUUCUAGACUUUCAUAUUGAAUUUGCUGCAUCUAGUUUUGGCUUCAUAUUGCUUUUUUUCCUAUUUGCUUUAGCUUAGAUAUAUCGAUGUUCUAAAUUUACGGAAAAAUAAAACCUAACAGUUGAUAUUGAAGCUAUUAA